AUGCAAUCAAUAGUUCAUCUAUCCCAAUUCAAACUUAUGAGGAUUGUGGGCCGUGGUGCAUUUGGCAAGGUGCGCAUCGUAGAACAUCGUGAGAUGCGCAAACUUUACGCAUUAAAGUACAUUAAUAAGGAAGAGUGUAUACAAAUGGAUGCCGUUUUGAACAUUGUACGAGAAAGAACGAUUUUAGAGCAGCUCGAUCAUCCAUUCCUGUGUAGAUUACGGUUUGCUUUUCAAGACGAUGAUUUUAUGUAUAUGGUGACAGAUCUGAUGCUAGGUGGUGAUCUACAUUAUCACAUAUCCCGUCAGACGUUUACUGAAGAUGUCCUAAGACUAUGGUUUGCUGAACUUGCUUCUGCUAUAAAAUAUCUUCAUUUCAAUCGAGUAGUUCACAGAGAUGUGAAACCUCAGAAUAUUCUUAUGGAUGAUAAGGGCCAUGUUCAUUUAGCUGAUUUUAAUAUUGCAACUCAUAUGCACGUUCACAAGCAAUUAACUUCUAACUCUGGAACGGCUUAUUACAUGGCACCUGAGAUAUACAAAGGAAAUGGUUAUAAUGAGGCCGUGGAUUGGUGGAGUCUUGGAGUAACUCUCUACGAGUGUGUUUAUGGAAGGAGACCAUUUGAAUACGAAACAAGCGAUGAACUCAGGGCGGCAAUUCGACGGGGAUACAUCCAUUACCCAACCAAUGAUCGCAGAGUAUCUGGAGAAUGUCUAGCAGCUAUUCAAGGGUUCCUGGAGAUCGACCCUUUAAAAAGACUUGGACAAGGAGACACAGGCUGGGCAGCUCUCGUCCGCCAUCCUUUUUUUCGUUCGGUGGAUUGGCGGCGUCUAGAAUCGAAAACUAUUAUUCCAUCCUAUCAACCAGCUUCUGAUCAAAACAACUUUGAUAUCACAUAUGACCUCGAGGAACUAUUGCUCGAACCAAAUACCAUAUCCGUUCAAAACAGACGCCAGAAUAGAGUAAAACCCCAGAAAAGUCCAACGCAAACAGGAGAUCUGACCAAACGAGAAAGAGACUUGAUAUUUAUUGAAGAAAACUUCAAAGGAUUUGAUUUCACA